UGGUCACGUGGAGGCCCCCCGCCCUGGGUCACGUGGGAGGCGGGGACCGCCCCCACGGUCACGUGGUGUCGCCCGGGUCACGUGGGGCGGCAGCGAGCGGCGCGUGGCGGGGCGUUCGCCGGCUCCUGCCCCACAUGAAAGUGGCCUGUGGGGUGCUGGUCCUGGCGCUGGUGACGGUGCCGCUGCUGCAGGGCCUGGGGCGGCGCUUCCUCGCCAUGGCCUCGCGGGACCCCCCCGCGGCCACCACCGGGGCCACCGACCCCCCCGGGGACACCGGGGACACCUACGUCCCCGGCAGUGUGGCCGCCGCCUUCGUCACCUGCCCCAACGUCACCGUGGCCACCGAGCUCGCAAGGUCGCUGGUGCAGCAGCGUUUGGCCGCCUGCGUUAACAUCCUGCCCCACGUCACCUCCAUUUACGAGUGGCAGGGGAAGCUGGAGGAGGACAGCGAGGUCCUGAUGAUGAUCAAAACCCGGAGCUCCAAGAUCCCGGCAUUGGCGGAGUUUGUGCGGUCCGCGCACCCCUAUGAGGUCCCCGAGGUGGUGGCCGUGCCGGUGACACAGGGCAGCGUCCCCUACCUGCGCUGGGCCCUGGGCAGCGUCCCCCCCUGACUCCCCCCCCGGCACCCCAAAAAAUGGGGGGACCCCCAAAAAAGGGGGGGGACCCCAAAAAUGGGGGGGGCACUAAAAAGAG